AUGACACCUGGGGCCGUAUAUUGCAGUAGUACUUUAACGUUUGAGGAUAAUAUCAAUCGCUGAUUUAAAGGCAGGAGUAGAGUCUAACCUUUUCGUUGGUAAUGAACCAAAGUUUUUAUUUAAAAGGACUGAGCUUUUUUUUAUUAUCCGAUGUUGACAGUGCUGUUGGCAGAGUAUGGAUUAGAAUUCAUUAAUGUAUCAUAUGCAAGUUAUAGGUCAUCUGAUGUAAACUCAGUAAAUCCUGUUUUUGUUUUUGGAGUACGUGUUUUAGAUAGAUUGAGGGUCUUUUUGGAGUACAUGUUGUGAUAGAUUGAGAGUCUUUUUGGAGUACAUGUUGUGGAUAGAUUGAGGAUCUAUCUGAAGAGUACAAGGACCCCAUUUUUUUCCACCCAAAUUCAGGGAAUAGAUGAAAUGAGGUCAGCAAAUCCAAACUAGUUAUGAUGGACAACAUUGAAAAAAAUCUUACUGAAGAGACUGUGGAUAUGGUUUCUGGUGAAGGGGAAAUAACUCUCACUAAUGCGACAGAAGAGGUUCAUAACAAAGUUAAAAGAAAGGCUGUGGUAGUAGACGAUGAGGAAAAGGCUGAAACUCAUGAUAGAACAAUACAAUCAGCAAAGAAUGCUCCAACAGAUCGUCAAGGUGUGAUAGAUGAAGCAAAACUGUCUAUAAGACAUGGAGAAAAACUUUCCAGUGUCACAAAUGAUGACACUAUGACUGAGGAAGAGAAACUUCAGACAAAGUCUUCUCCACUGAGAUUUGUUCCUAAUGACAUGCAUGUAGUCACUAUUCCAAUACAGAAAAUGGAGGAAGGUGAUGACCUUGGUAUCUAUGAUGACCCGGGGGAAUCGGGAGAGGACUUGGAUGACAUUGAUCAACCAGAUAAAUCUGAUGAUGCCCUUCCUGAAACAACUAGCGAAAAACCUAAAAUGCCACCACCUAUCCUGCGAAAUUCUGCUAUUCCAAAUCCACUUGAUGCUGUGAGACAUGAAAAUACACGAUACUCAGAAAAUUCUGUGAAUUUUAGAGAAGGUCUUCUAUCUUAUGAUGACAAUGCAAACCGAGUGACUUGGUCAGCUGUUAACAAUCGGUAUGAUGAAGCCCGACAUCUGUCAGGGAUUCGUGGGAAGGCCAAUACCCCAGCAAGUUAUUACACAGAUGUAUCAUCAGAAUCAAGAAACACCUCUCGUGUUCCAUCCGAGUCUCGUGAGGCGAUGUACAGAAGAGCCAUGCAUUUGAUCACUGCACGCUGCACCAGCACGGCCCCAGGUAUGGAGACACCUUAUGGAACAGCUAGGACUCCUUCCUUUGGGGUGCAGGUCCCCCAGUAUUUCUACAUCAAACAGGAGCGACCAACCCCGAUGCCACCACUAAAGGCAUGGCAAGGGUACAAUGGAAAUGUGUACUUUGAACCAAUUCAGAUCUCCAGUUUACGUGAUUUUCCUGAGAAAUCAAACAACCCAUACGAAUCACGAUCAUCGAGUGACCUCCAUCGCUUGCUGAUGUCACAACAACAGGAGAGACCCGACAGUGAUGCAAUGCGAACUGCUUCCAGAAACACAGGCAAAACAAGCAGCAGUUUGAAGAGCAACCAUCCCAACACCAAGCAGGUGGUUUUGUUGGACAAGAAAACAGUGCUUAAUACCUAUAAUGACAGCUUGAAUGAUGAUCUUGACAUUAUUGAGGGGACUGAACACACAGGGAGUCUCUCUGUCCGGCCAAAAAGUGACCGAAGCUUCGACAGAAAACCAGUUCAAACUAACAAAGUUUACAAAAAAGAGAAAAUCUGCAAAGGAUCUGUAGUUCAUAGGUUAAAUGUAGCAAACAGGCAAAGUAGUGCACAGCCAGUGUUUAAAGUGAGUGGUGGGAAAUAUUCCAGCCCCACUAACACGUCCCCCUUACUACGCACACAAACUCAGUACUCCCUCAGUAACCAGAGACUAACCACCAAUAGUCCAGACAUGUACAGUCAGCAGCUAUUGCCUCCGCUGGAACAACUGCGAUCAGCAGUCAGACACAUGGACACUAUCAGUAAGGAGAGGGUGGGCUUCAGUCGUGUUCGACCCGUUUCUUACACAGAGGAUAUUAAACCUUUUAUUAAAUACAGUCAAACAGCCAAGCGACAAACAAACUAUGUAUGAUACAGUGUUCUUCCUGUUGUAGCUGUCUUAUUUAUUCUGACGAGGAGAUCAAGGCUUCCACAAAAAAUACAUGUGGUUUUUGUAUUAGUCUUUUUUCUUUGUGUUGUUUUGAAAUGAUUUAAAAUUAGUGAACUUGGUCUCAAACUCUCAUAUCAUAUAACUUUAGAUGUGACAUCAGUUAGAUCUUGUCAGCUGCUACAAAGAUGUUGGGCAAUACAUAACUUGUAUGGUGAUAGAAAUACAUGUAAUACAAUAUGACUUUUGGAAACAUCUUGCUUCACUUUGCACGAUAUAUAUAUAUAUAUGUACAUGUAUAUAUAUAUAUAUAUAUAUGAAUUUCAAAAGUUACAUGUUCAUAAAUAUUUGAUCCAUGUUAUUAAAAUUCAAGGUAAACAUUGUUAGGAUACAUUUGAUUCAUCUUUUGUAAUCAUUGAAUUCCUUAGAUGUUGUUACUUCCUAAUAUUAAAAGUGCCAUCUCACUAAUUUUAGUGUAGGGGAAGAAAAGGCAAUCAAUAUUGCCAGUGUAUGUACCUGUAGUGAUCUCCCUUGUGAAAGGCACCCGUCCUUUACAUUGUACUUUUGUGCACUGUAAUUAAUAUCAAUGUAGCAUUUUCAGUUUUGUCUUUCAUCAUAUACUAAAUAUGGUACUUUAUAUUAAAUUAUUUUAAAUUUAUUACAUUAUAAUUCAGGGCUGAUGGUCUGUCAGGCCAAUAAUUUUUUGGGGGCCAGUAUUUUGGAAAGAUCCUGUGCCCUUUGGACCAAUUAUUUUCAAAUGCUUAUGAAUAUUCUAUCACAUUUGGGCUUGUAAAAUCGACAAAGUUUGUGCAAUGUUUCAUUUUUUGAAGAACUCAAAACAUUUCCCACAUUUUGAUCAAAACUUUCUUGAGCACUGCAACUUUUUCUAGUGGGACAGUAAAAUUUCUCAUUGACCCGAGUAAAAAUAUAUAUGUAUACUGAUAGCCCAUGUAAUCAGUAAAAAAGAAAUAAUUAUUCUAACCUUUUAAAUCAAUUUUAAACUAUGGACUGCAGGAUUUGGUACUACCACAGAUAUUUGCAGUCUGAUUUUUUUCUUGAAAAGCAUUCUUGAUUUCUCUGUAAUUCAUUUCUAUAUUGAAAUAUUGCAAAACAAAAACAAAAAUUUAUUUUCACCGCAGAUGAUUCUAUUGUCAAAACUGAUAUCACAAUUUGCUGCUGUUAUACAUUUCCUCGAUAUUGUCAACUUUUCAGGCAAUUUUUUCAAAAGAAAUUAUGGGCUGCAUGAUGAACCAAAUUUAUUUCCAUUUACAUGCAACACAGUGAUAAGAAAAUUAAUUUGAUCAUGGUCGACUCGUGCAUGCAGCCCAUACCGUCUGAACUCAAACCCUCAUUAUUCAGAAUAAUGGCAUUUUUCAAAGAAACUGGUGGGGAAGGCAUGGAUAUCUACUAUUAUAUAUAGAAACUAUUGUAUUAAAUGAUAAUUUGUUUUGUAUAUUCCACCUAAUUACAACAAAUUCAUACAAACACUUGUUAUUUAUUUAGUUAAGGCUGAAAUGGACUGCAUAUAAACUUUCUUCUUAAUGAUCUUUUAUUGUUUAGAGUUUCAUUAGGAAGAUUGGUAUUUAUUUCAAACUGCAUCGACAUCAAGUAGUUAUGGUAUUGACAUUGUGUAUAUAUCUGAGUUUUUUUUCCACAAAAUAAAUGACAAACUGUA